AUGCCAGGAUACCGACCAGAGAAUAACUCUUGUUCAUCCUUCGCACGAUUCCCUUCACCAGCGGUAUCCUCAAUGACAGUUCCGAACGCGUAUCCCAGUCAUAUAACCAACACACCCAUGUCCAUUUCUUUGCAAAACGUUCGAGGAACGUGGAACAACAGUCAAAAUUCACUAAGGGGGCUUCCAAAAUCGCCAACCGAGUCCACAGGUCCCCAUUACUAUGACUACUCGGAGUCUUUCCUUGACGAAGAGGACUGUUUCUCGCCUGUUGCCGAAGAGACCGUGGCCAAUCCUCCCUUCACUAUGGAUCAGACAAUCUUGGAAGACCAGCUGGGACCAGACCGCCGCCAUGCACAGUCGCCCUUUGGAACCAUGCAGGGUUCGGUCUUCAGACCUGCCGAGCUACCAACCAAGCAUAACCGAAGAGCAAGUGAACAGUCCAAGUAUAGUUACGCUGGCGUGAUUCCACCACGGAAGUCCAGCCUUGGCGCCACCACAACCCCGAUCAGAAGUGGAAGUACAUCUCAAAGAUUGAUUCAAAGGUCGGCAACAGCGGAUCCUACAGUUCUUGGGAGAACCUCAAAGGAGGAGAACUACCAUCCCCGAACAUCAACCGCUUCACGCCGCACUGUCGGCUCCACGCAUGCCAGUGCGUUCUUUCCCAAUGCUUGUCGAAGUCCCCGUGACCUCACUACGCUUGCAGCUCGGGUUCACUCGCCAGUCUUUGAUGAGAAACCUGCGACCCGCGCCAUAUCCGACACAGUCCAGGCUGGCGAUCAGCCUGACCACAAUACCCAGCCUAACGUGAACGACGUUCACGCUCAGAUCCAGCCAAAAUGGGAACUGCCCUCUUUCAGCUUCCGACCUCUUUCCUUUGUUGCGCAUGCAACUGAGACUCGAGAACGGCCAAAAACCUCUAGCGCUGCUCAACACAAAUCGACGAUCGAAAUUCUGUCUCCGAUGCCUGAACGCCCUAUGUCCUCUCAAAGCAGAAAGAGGUUCAGUCGCAUAUUCGAGAUCGAGGAAACCUUCUCGGCGGACAACGACAAGGUAACCUCCACUGCGCAGACAUUCGCCCGGCUCAGCGCUGUAAAGGAACAGCCAGAUCUUCAGACUCUCGAAGCCGCAUCGGCUGCGUCACCAGAGUCUGAGAGUGACCGCAUGUCCGGCCUAGAUGACGAGGACGUGCAGGCUCUACCGGCCGAUCAAACGCAUCCGGGAGUCAGUGCAAGGUCCAAUAAUGUAACCAUACAUGAGAGGUCGACCGUCGAGUCACUCUUAGACCAGCACAUCGAAUGUCUGGGACUGAACGAAGAUGCGACUAGUCAAUUCGAGACUAGCGAUGAAUCUGAACAAUCUGAUGUGGCCGGCGAGUGCAUUGCCAAUAGCGCGGUCAAAGUGUCAGCCAUCACCUUGGAAUCCACAUCCUACCCAAGUUUCAGGCCAACAACCUCAAGUUCGUGUCAACCUUCUAGCCUCACCAGUUCGGAGAGACGGAAAUUGGUGCCUCGACGUCUCUUUGCCAGUAUGGAUUCAAGACUCUCUCCUGGAGCCGCGCUGCAAAACUCCCCAGAGACGUCUUCUGGGCAGUUUUCCUCCGCCAUAUCCUCCAGCAUCACGACCGGACACAUUUCUUCCGGUUGGCAAACACUUCCUUCGACUAGUGGACUCGCCUCAGCUCAGUCGGCUACUAAGGCUUCCUUGACAUCAGGAGAUCUAGCAGAUAUUGACUCGGAUCCUCCUCUCAACAAGUUCAAAGUCAGGAGAAUUUCUGACAUGAGCGCCAGUACUUCUGGCUCUACAAAGGAAUUGCAUGAUGAGGAUGGAAAUUUGAGUCCUCGCAAGACCUGCGCAUUUCAUCGAAGGUCCAAGAGCGACAUGUUUGCCAGGCAAGAAUCUCAUCGUCGACGUCGAGCACGAAUUCUUCUUCAGGCUAAAAGAAAAUCCGUCAGCCUCGGGCACCUUGCGGACGACAAUUCAGGUCAAGAUCAGCCAGAAGCCCUCGGAGCAGAUGAGGACUGGGAAACCACAGAGUCACCAGAAGACAUCACCAUGAAUUCCCCAGUGACUGGAUAUGCUGAAUUGAGUGGCGACUCGAUAGUUGCGCAGCCGCCCACAAUGGUUUCCGCGGGAAGUGUUCUGCUCCCAUCAUCGGUACCGAGGAGAUGGACUAGCAUGUUGGCUGCUAUGCCUGAACCGGUGAAGAAGAGUAUCGACGUCGUGAGGAAAGCUUCGGUCCGCACUGUUCGUUCCCACCGGAGCAAUACCAGCAUUACCAACCCUUUGAACAGUACUCGAAUGAACUCACAACUACCACGUUUAGGAUCGGUUCCCCAACUAGCGCCUUCAGAUUUUGGACCACCUUUGACUUCGUCCAAUCUCGAUCUCAGCCUGCGAUUGCCAGAGCCGCCUCGGAUUACUCGCCCACCAUUGCGGCAAGUUCAAAGCUUCUUCUCGGACGACAGCUCAGCUCGAGGCAUGAGGCAUGGGACAAGGAAGCGGUUCGAUCUCCACAGCCUGCGGAGUGGUUUAACCAGAUCUUCUGGCAUGUUAGGGACUCGCGGGAGUACCGCACGACAUACCCAUACUGAGGUGAAACCGAGCCAGUCGUGCCAGAUCAAGAAUCGGAAGUCAUCUGAUUAUGCGCAGUCCUCUUUGGGGGAUACGAUUCCCAUGACUGACUUCGCAUACAAAAAGCGCAAGGUGUUGGACCGCUUCAAGGACUGGUGGAAAAGACACGCGUGCAAGAGAGGCAUCCGUAGGGAAGAACGGCGCGGACAUCCACAAUGAUGUUUAU